AGCAUGGAUCACCAGCCAGUUCACCCAGGCCCGGAGAGUCCGGUGGUCGACUUGGAGAUGGGCCACCAAGCAGCCGAGAGCACGGCCGUGAACCAGCAGCGCCUCGGCUGGCACCGGCCGAACCCCUGGGCCAGCCACGACGCCAACACGCUGCUGGUGGUGGCAACGCUGAUCACCACGCUCUCGUACCAGAUCGGCACCAGUCUCCCCGGCGGCUACUGGCAGGAGACCACGAUGCAGGACGGCAAGAUGCUCUACCGCGCCGGCGACCCAAUCAUGCGCGACCUGCAGAACGCCAGGUACUGGAUGUUCAUGGUGGCGAGCUGGACGGGGUUGAUCAGCUCCAUGUUGAUGACGAUGAGCCUACUGGUGGGGAUAGCGGUGGACUCGUGGCACGUACGGUGGUCCUUCGUGGUGGCCUACUCCAGCCUCCUCCUCACCUUCGUCUUGUCGGGAAACAGGACCAAGCUGCACAUCGACAUCAUCUUCUGGGCGGGCAGCCUCGCCUUCUUCUGGGUCGUCAUCUACUUCCGUCCCGAGCACCGCAAGCGCAUCGUUCAAGUGCUCCGCUCCAUUCCUGCAACCACACCAACUAAUUCAACCAGUUGACGGAUCCCACGUCGAGCCCAUUACGCCAUUGCAUAGUUAAUUUGGUCAUCGCUAAGAAACUACUCCGUAUAGCACUCCCUGUGCUG